AAGAAUAAAAAAAUCCAUCUCGGUGAUCAUAUUCUAAGUAGAUUAAAAACCGCAUUUAUCCGCAAUAAGUAACUUAGUAGUAAUUCAUCAAGAAAAUAGUUUGGGUAGUUCCACGAAUCCACACAAAAAUUACCAUGAGAGUAGUACUAAUUAUUGCAAUUACUAUUGUGGUUCUGUUACACAAUACAGACGCUGACGAAAAAGAAUGUGGAACCAAUGAAGUGUUUUCCACAUGCGCAUCUGCCUGCCCGGAGACUUGUGGAAAGAAAGCGGAAUUUUGUAUAUUGUCUUGCCAGCAAGAAUGUGUUUGUAAGGAGGGCUAUUUGAGGCAUGCCUCAACAGGGAAAUGUGUCAAACCGGAUGAGUGUUAAAAUAUCAAAAUUAUGUUAUAUUUUUUAUAUUCUGAUGUUAAUUUUGUUACGUAUCGACUUAAUACAAAAGUAAAAUAAUAAAAAAUAUUGUAUUUAAUAGAA